AUGACUUCAACUUUAGAUUCUGACGAUUCCAAGUCCAAAGUUUUAGCUUCUAAAUAUAACGAAAAUCAAUGUGCUUUUGAGUACUGCAAAGACUUUGGGAAGCGGUUUAGCGAUAAAGCAUUAAAAAAUCAUAAAUAUCAAUACCACAAUGAAUCGUAUAAGCUUAAUUACACCGAUCAACAAGGAAACGUGCAAUGUGUGGAAAUUAAUCGAGUGAACAAUAUCCUGAGCUGCAAGUAUUGUUCCAAAGAGUAUACGUCGGCUGAUACUUUAAGAAAGCAUAUUAUUACCAGCCAGGCAAACUGUAGUAAUGAUGAUGUUAGUUUGGACAGCGAUGCCGUAGAUGGGACUUUAUUGACUCUUGCCACAGUACCUACAUUAACCGCAUUAACCGAAACACCAACCAUUGUAACCAAACUUGACAAACGACACGAUUUUAAUCAAGCAAUUGUACAAGCAUGUCAAUCAAUUGAUGCAGCUGAGGAAGAAAAAGGCAAAAACAAAUGGAUCAUUGAACAGUUGAAGCUUGAACCGUUCUCUCUCAUUUACCGUGAUCAUAACAACAAUAUUGUAGAAUACAAUGCACUCAGUCACCACAACAACAUCAGAGGUAUGAGUGAUCACACAUUUGAAUGCAAACCGAUCAUUCCGUCAAAACGAUUAUUCGAUGGCAAUGUUGUUGAGCAAAGCUUCUGUGCAAAUUUGACAUCAUUGAUUCACCGAUCACCUCAUCGAGGAAUGCUUUCUGGCCGUCAAUAUUUUGAGCUGGACAAAAAGACAGCGCUCUUACUUAACAAAGAUUGGACGCAUGAACCACAUAUCAAGUUUGGCUGCGUCCAAGUUUUAGCAGGUUCAAUUCUGAUGAAUGUCAAUAACGGUGAAGCCAUUCUUGUGAAUACGGUAGAGACUUAUGGUCGAACAAAAUCAGUUGACAUCCACCGAGAACUGUCUACUUCAGCUACCUCCUCAAUCCUCACAACCACUCCAAUGUAUCCGAACAUAUGGCCUUGCAUCCAAAGCACGAGGGAUGGUUCUAAGCUGGUAAUUGGGACCCAAUCAUGCGAUUGCCUCAUCACGUCAAUUGUUCGCCUUGAUCGAAACGAAAAGCCAAAAGUGGGCCCUUUGUCUUUUUACUUUGCUGCAUCACCGCAACAUACCAGGAUUUUUAUUGACCAAGACAGCUGGGAAAAAGCCAAGGAGAUUGAGUCAAAUACAUCAAUACGGUCAGUCGAACCUUUUAAUUUGGUUGGCCAAGCAAGACAGCUCCGAUCGCAUUUUCACCAUCCAAGCACUUACUUUCUUUGUCGUGCUUCAAGUCAUCUGGCUCUACCACAUUACUGUCAACCAUAUACAGUGUUUACUUAUUGUGAUCAUGAAGGUGUGAAAAAAUCAAUGGACAAUGAAAGCUCAUCAGUGAUCGCUUCUAAGCUCUUCCAGCGAAUUGCAUACACUGUUAUCAAGUCGCCUUCUGAAGCGAGUAUCAAAAAGGAUCUUGUUGUUUCCUUGCAUGGCCAAUGCAACAAUGAUAGCAAAAUCAAGAAUCUUUUUACUGAUCUGAUCAUGUUGUUUGGCAACUGUACCGAAAUGCCCAUUAUUGGAAAUAUGGAAUUGAACAACUGUGUUCUGAAAAAUAUGGCUAACAUAAUUUCACCGGAUAUCUGCAAGGCAAAUGAAACAGUGGCAGCUAAUAUUCAAAGGCGAUUGUGUACAUAUUGA